CGGAGCUGGGGGCUGCUGGCGAGCGGUUCUCUCCGCUCCUUAGCUCGGGCGUCCUGGUUCGCUUCGGCGUCCGCCGUCUCCGCCGCUGCCUCCUCUUCCUCCUUCGCCACCGCCGCCGCCACCCGCAGCACCGCAGCCCCUCCCGCCAUGGCCGCCGCCGGCGCCCGGCUCAGCCCUGGCCCCGGCUCGGGGCUCUGGGGGCGGCGGAGGCUCCGCUUCCACCCGGGGCCGCCGCCACUGCCGCCGCUGCUGCUGCUGUUCCUGCUCCUGCUGCCGCCGCCGCCGCUGCUGGCCGGCGCCACCGCCGCUGCCUCGCAGGAGCCCGACAGCCCGUGCCGGCUGAAGACCGUCACGGUGUCCACACUGCCCGCCCUGCGGGAGAGCGACAUCGGCUGGAGCGGCGCCCGCGCCGGGGCCGGGGCUGGGACCGGGGCCGGAGCCGCCGCCGCCGCCGCGUCCCCGGGCUCUCCUGGCUCUGCCGGCACAGCCGCCGAGUCGCGCCUCCUGCUCUUUGUGCGCAACGAGCUGCCGGGGCGCAUCGCGGUGCAGGACGAUCUGGACAACACCGAGCUGCCCUUCUUCACCCUGGAGAUGUCUGGCACAGCGGCGGACAUCUCGCUGGUGCACUGGAGACAGCAGUGGCUGGAGAAUGGCACCUUGUACUUCCACGUCUCCAUGAGCAGCUCCGGGCAGCUGGCCCAAGCCACCGCCCCCACUCUCCAGGAGCCCUCGGAGAUUGUUGAGGAGCAGAUGCACAUCCUCCACAUUUCUGUGAUGGGUGGCCUCAUCGCGCUGCUGCUGCUGCUGCUGGUGUUCACCGUGGCGCUGUACGCCCAGCGACGUUGGCAGAAGCGUCGCCGCAUCCCCCAGAAGAGCGCAAGCACAGAAGCCACUCAUGAGAUCCACUACAUCCCAUCUGUGCUGCUGGGUCCCCAGGCGCGGGAGAGCUUCCGUUCCUCCCGGCUGCAAACCCACAAUUCCGUCAUCGGCGUGCCCAUCCGGGAGACUCCCAUCCUGGAUGACUAUGACUGUGAGGAGGACGAGGAGCCACCUAGGCGGGCCAACCAUGUCUCCCGCGAGGACGAGUUUGGCAGCCAGGUGACCCACACUCUGGAUAGUCUGGGACGUCCAGGGGAAGAGAAGGUGGACUUUGAGAAGAAAGGGGGAAUCAGCUUUGGGAGAGCCAAGGGGACGUCGGGCUCUGAGGCAGACGAUGAAACGCAGCUGACGUUCUACACGGAGCAGUACCGCAGUCGCCGCCGCAGCAAAGGUUUACUGAAAAGCCCAGUGAACAAGACAGCCCUGACAUUGAUUGCUGUGAGCUCCUGCAUCCUGGCCAUGGUGUGUGGCAGCCAGAUGUCUUGUCCCCUCACUGUGAAGGUGACUCUGCAUGUGCCCGAGCACUUCAUAGCAGAUGGAAGCAGCUUCGUGGUGAGUGAAGGGAGCUACCUGGAUAUCUCCGACUGGUUAAACCCGGCCAAGCUUUCCCUGUAUUACCAGAUCAAUGCCACCUCCCCAUGGGUGAGGGACCUCUGUGGACAAAGGACGACAGACGCCUGUGAGCAGGUCUGCGACCCAGAAACCGGAGAGUGCAGCUGCUAUGAAGGCUAUGCCCCUGACCCUGUUCACAGACACCUGUGUGUGCGCAGUGACUGGGGACAGAGUGAAGGACCUUGGCCCUACACGACACUCGAGAGGGGCUAUGAUCUGGUGACAGGGGAGCAAGCCCCUGAAAAGAUUCUCAGGUCUACUUUCAGCUUGGGCCAAGGCCUCUGGCUUCCUGUCAGCAAAAGCUUUGUGGUUCCGCCUGUGGAGCUGUCCAUCAACCCCCUGGCCAGCUGCAAGACCGAUGUACUCGUCACGGAAGACCCUGCAGACGUCAGGGAAGAAGCCAUGCUGUCCACAUACUUUGAAACCAUCAAUGACCUGCUGUCCUCCUUCGGGCCAGUUCGUGACUGCUCUCGGAACAAUGGGGGCUGCACUCGUAACUUCAAGUGUGUAUCUGACCGGCAGGUGGACUCCUCAGGAUGUGUGUGCCCCGAGGACCUGAAACCCAUGAAGGAUGGCUCUGGCUGCUACGACCACUCCAAAGGCAUUGACUGCUCUGAUGGUUUUAAUGGCGGCUGUGAGCAGCUGUGUCUGCAGCAGACGCUGCCUCUGCCCUACGAUGCCACUUCAAGCACCAUCUUCAUGUUCUGCGGUUGCGUGGAGGAGUACAAACUGGCUCCUGAUGGAAAAUCCUGCUUAAUGCUCUCAGAUGUCUGCGAGGGCCCCAAGUGCCUCAAACCUGACUCCAAAUUCAAUGAUACCCUCUUUGGAGAGAUGCUACAUGGUUACAACAACCGGACCCAGCAUGUGAACCAAGGCCAAGUCUUCCAGAUGACCUUUAGGGAGAACAACUUCAUCAAGGACUUUCCCCAGCUGGCCGACGGGCUGUUGGUGAUCCCGCUGCCGGUGGAGGAGCAGUGCCGGGGGGUCCUCUCCGAGCCCCUCCCGGACCUCCAACUGCUCACUGGAGAUAUCAGGUAUGACGAGGCUAUGGGUUACCCCAUGGUGCAGCAGUGGCGAGUCCGGAGCAACCUCUACCGUGUGAAACUCAGCACUAUCACCCUCUCAGCAGGCUUCACUAACGUUCUCAAGAUCCUGACCAAGGAGAGCAGUCGGGAGGAGCUGCUGUCCUUCAUCCAGCACUAUGGCUCCCACUACAUCGCAGAGGCCCUUUAUGGCUCAGAGCUCACCUGCAUCAUCCACUUUCCCAGCAAGAAGGUCCAGCAGCAGCUGUGGCUCCAGUAUCAGAAAGAGACCACAGAGCUGGGCAGCAAGAAGGAGCUCAAGUCCAUGCCCUUCAUCACCUACCUCUCAGGUUUACUAACAGCCCAGAUGCUGUCAGAUGACCAGCUCAUUUCAGGUGUGGAGAUUCGCUGUGAAGAGAAGGGCCGCUGUCCAUCUACCUGUCACCUUUGCCGCCGGCCAGGCAAGGAGCAGCUGAGCCCCACACCAGUGCUGCUGGAAAUCAACCAUGUGGUGCCACUUUAUACCCUCAUCCAAGACAACGGCACAAAGGAGGCCUUCAAGAGUGCACUGAUGAGUUCUUACUGGUGCUCAGGGAAAGGAGAUGUGAUCGAUGACUGGUGCAGGUGUGACCUCAGCGCCUUUGAUGCCAGUGGGCUCCCCAACUGCAGCCCCCUUCCGCAGCCGGUGCUGCGGCUGUCCCCAACAGUGGAGCCCUCCAGUACUGUGGUUUCCUUGGAGUGGGUGGAUGUUCAGCCGGCUAUUGGGACCAAGGUUUCUGACUAUAUUCUGCAGCAUAAGAAAGUGGAUGAAUACACAGACACUGACCUGUACACAGGUAGGUACAUGAGUUCCCAUUUUCUUGGGAUGGUAUGA